GGUUCCUUCUUCAUAUAUUCAGUCUUCAUAGAAGAUACAUGUUAUUUUGGGAAAGUAUUUUUGAAGAAAAUGUUUGUUUAAUGUACUGACAAAAUAAUUAUGCGUUUGUAUAUAACUAUAUUUUUCAUGGGAAAUGUGUAUCUAAUAUAACUACACAUUUGUCUAGGAAAUAUGAAAGAAUUUAUUGCAAGAAUGGGAACCAAAUCUCCAAUAUAUGAAGAAAGACGACCUGUUUGCAAGAUAUGUUUCAAGACAUUUUUCAACAAGCCAAACCUCAGACGACACAUGCAAAUUCAUUAUUGUAAACGAAAAUUAUAUUCAUGCCAUUUAUGCUCAAAAUCAUUCUCAUGGAAGACUGAUCUGUCAACACAUCUCAGGGUUUUUCACUAUGAACAAAACCAAUAUAUUUAUGGGAAUGAACAGAUAUGUAUUUCAUUGUUAUUUUCAGAUACAACAACAAAUUUUAUAUUUGCCGGAACUCAACUCGGUGCCCAAGAUGCAUAUGGAAGUUUGUCUUGUGAUGUGUGUAAGAAAUCAUUUACAAGAAAGCAUAAUCUUCAGCGUCACAGGGAAUUACAUUUUUUGAAACGAAAAAGCUAUUCUUGUAAUAUAUGUGGCGGUCUGUUUUCAUGGAAAACUACUCUAGAUAGUCAUCUUAAAAGUGUGCACAAUGCAGCUUUCUUUUCCCUUAGUGAUCUGCUUGAUAAUCAUCAUUUCUUUGUUGGCCUUCUUUUCCCUCUUGUGAGUACUUUACAUCAAAAAAUACCUUAUAUGUCUUGCCUGACAUGAUGAAUCCUCUAGAAAAAGAUAUGUCGAGAAGACCUCUUUGCCCUGUGUGCAGAAAAUAUUUUUAUGAUGUCACUACACUUCGUCGACAUAUGGAAAUCCAUGAUUCACAGAGACAAAAAUAUGUGUGCAAAUUUUGUUUUAAAGCAUUUUGUUGGAAAAACCAUCUGCAAUCUCACGUACGCAAAGUACACAAUCCCAAAUAGUUUUAAAAGUUGAGGUUUUUAUUAUGUCUUAGAACACGUAUCUUUACUAAAUAUGGCUAUAUUUUGACUAGCUUUUAUCUGCACUAUUUUUGAGAAUUUUAAUAUCCUAAAAUAAUAUAUUUCUGAAGGCAUUUUUGAAAUCUCGACUUGUAUGAUUUUUAUGAAAAUAUCAAGUUUUGUCAUUUUAAUUGUAACAAUAUAUAUAUAUAUAUAUAUUAUAUAUAUAUAUAUAGUUGUAAUCUUAUUAUUUUUUUUUUGAUUGUUCCUUGACUGAUAAUUAUCCUUUAUGAGAAAAAAGUAUUUGAUGUAUUCUUUGUUUUUUUAAACUUAAUAUUUCUCAUUAUUUUUGUUGAGCACAUCAUUUUCUUCUUCUUGGUUUCAUUUUAUGCUUGCUAUUGUCUGUUGCCAUAUCCUGUUUUCAGUACAAAGUUAUUAGUUUAGUUUGCCUAGUCAAUAGUUUUUAAUUUCAUUUCAUUUUUAUUCUAUGUGGCUAAUAACAUUUAAUUGAAAAAUGAAUGAAUACUGAAUUUAAUUUUUAAUUUUUUUCUUUUAACUAUAUAUAAUCAUUUAGAAAUUCCCAUUUAUGAAAUUAUUUUACUUAAAUACAAAGCAAAAACUUUAAAAAGACCAUGAAUUAAAUAGUGCAUUAAUCGUAAAAGCGAAAUUUCUGAAUUUCUCUUAUUUCAGAAAGGUUUGUUUUUCAUAUUUCAAAUAAUAGUAAUAAUGAUAAAGAUGAAUGCUAAGUAUAUUACCUUCCUUUAUUAAAAACUAAAUCAUUUAGGCUUCAUCUAAAAUAAUACAUCACCUUAGAUUGUUUUCAAGGCUUCAUAUAUAGUUUUUUUGUUGUUUUUAUAAGCAUUUAAUUAUUUUUAAUACAUUUUGGAAAUAUAUUUGUAACCAUGUUUAUAACUUUUGAUAAAUAUUAGAAUUCAUUGUGUAAAAUUUUAUUGAUAUUAAAAUUUUUAUUUUCUAUCAACUAUGAGAUUUUGUGAUCUAGUUACAUUUUACACUGGAACAGUAUGCCAAACUCCUUUUUGGCUACUAUGCAAUAUAUGUAUGCAAUAUUAAUGUGUAUAUAUUUUGUAAUUUUAUAUGUUUUUGACUAUGUAUUUAUACCAUUAAUAUAUGUCUUAGAUUAUAUAGAAUGGGACUUAGUAUUUGUAAUACUGAAUGAGUUUUCAUUUCCUCCAACAAAGUGCUGUUUACCUCAUAGUUAUUAUUUUAUGAUGAAUUCAGAUUCAUAUUUGAAGUUUUAUUAAUUAUUGUGCUAUACAUUGUAACUGAACAAGAAUCAGUCGUAAAAAAAAAAUGUAUUGAUAUUGAGAAAUAAGGUGGUAGACACUUUCUUUUACCCAUUUUAAGGUAUAGAUGGGUAUUCUUCAAAUAAAUAUAUAUAGUGAGCAUACUUAAGAAACAAUCGGAAGUAUCUAUAUCAGACUGAUUAACUUCUUCCUGUUGAUUUGAAAUUUAUUACUAUUAUAGUUUAUGCUUUAGGUUGUAUGUGAUUAAUUUUUAAAUAUGCAUAGAAGGGGAUUUUAGUUAUUUUUCUUUUCUAAAAUCUUAUAUUUUAAACUAUGUAAAAAGCAUUUUAUUUUCUAAGUAUUAAUAUCAUAUCAUAUCUAUCAAGGCUGUGUAAAUUAAGAAAAUAUGCAAUUAUAAUUUUAUCAGUAAAACGUUUAUACAUUUAUCAUUAUGGUAUAUGACUUAAUCUAUACAUGCAUUUAAUGCUAUAACCUAUUUGCAGCAAAAUAUUCAUUAUUUAUGUAUACUGAGAUGCAAUCUUAUUAAAGAGUAUUAGUUAAAUUGACUAAAGUUUUGGUAACGUUUUCCUUUGGGGGAGGAGGGCAUUUAUUUGCCACAGUAGGAUUCUAAAAUAUAAAAGGAGGAUCUUUAUUCAUUUUUACUGUUUUUAACCUUUAUGUUAAACAAACAGAUCAUGGGAACUUUUAAAUGUUAUAUUUUUAUCUCUGAAUGUUUUGGCUGUUUGAGGAGCUGUUAAAUUUUGAAGUAGCUGUUUGGUAUUUUUAUAAUAUUUAAAUUGGGUAUCAUAUUCUUUAUGCCUAAAUUGCCAGUAAUAUAUGUCUGUAUGUGUCUCAUAUUUUAAUAUAUUUCAAUAAUUUUCUUGCAAUAAAAUUUUCGGAAGUUAAAGAUUCACAGUUUAACAAGUAUCUAAUGUAGCUUUUAUGCUUAACUGCCACUAUUUUAUUGCUGUUGAUCAUGCUGUACUGAGUAGAUUUAAAAAAUAAGGAAGAGAAAAGAAAUAUAAACAUUAUUUUAGUUCUUGUACAUUUGGAAAUAAUAUUUCAAAACUUAUGUAGUUGGAAUUGGAAUUAUAUAUUGCUAAUUUAAAAAUUAAUACUUUGUAACUCUGGUAUUUUUGUGUUUCUUUAAAUUGAUGUAAAACGUUUUUAGAUUGUCAGUCUAUCAGUCUAAGUGUAAUAAUUUUUUUUUAAUUGUAUGUGUUUAAACUCCAGGCAAAGAUGAUUCAUAUUGCUAAUUACUUGGUAAUUUUGAAUUAGUUUGUAUUGAAUGAUUGUCUUUUAUUAUUUUCUUUUUUACUUAAAUAAUUGUAUUUUAUUUGUGUUUAUAACUUUUUGGAGAGUUCUUCAGAAACAAUAUUUUUAAUAGAUUCUCUAAGCUAUAUAUCUAAAAUGCAUUUUAGAUACAUCCAUAAUUUUAUGUCAUUUUUGUAUAACUGGAUUUUUAUACUUAUUGCAGUGUACAUCUUAGAAUGUGUAUAUAUUUAUUGCCAGAUGUUAGCAUAUGCAUUGAAAUGAACUGUCAAACUUUUGAUAAAUGAACUAUAACAUAGUAAUGUUGAUUUAGCUACGAUUUCUUUUGCAUAAAUUUGAUAUAAGUUGUCUGAUUUGGAAGUUGGGAAACUUUUAUUAAUAUCGUAUUUUUAAGAAUCAAGACAUUAUUAUUGGAAUUUUAAGUCAGUGUGAGAUUACACAUUUUUCAAAGUUCAAAUGAUUUUAUUAAUACUUGGACAUAAAGAAAUUAUCUUCAUCUUUCUUUUUAAUGAAUAGGAUAUGAAAAAUUAAUUUGUUUUCACAAAUGCAAAGAAAAUUUAAACCAUGUUAUAACACCAGUAUUUAUGAUUUGCUUUAUUUAAUCAUUACACCUAACAGCAUGUCAGCAUGAUUUGUUUUUGGAAUGGGACUUUUGGUACAAUGAUUAAAGAAAUUUUAGUAUAGCUUUUUAAACUUUCGCCCUGAAAUCUGAACUUUGAGUUCUUUCCUUAGAAGUAUAUGCAUUAAGUAUAAAAUCAUGAAAUUUAUUUUGAAAUUUGCAGAAGGCAAAUAGUUGUUAAACUCAGUUUUAUGUGGAAACAAAGUAUAGUUUGGCUUCUGUUUGUGUGUGAGUCAAUUUUUUUCAUAUUUAUAAUAAUUCCAAUCAAUCGAGUUAUGAAUGGAAAAUUUUAAGAGCAUUUUAAUUUUUAAAAUGAAUUGUCAUCUGCUCUUAAAAAUUACUCACAGAGGGAAUCUUCAAUUUGUGUUAGUUGUUUGGUCUUUCUUCCAAAAAUCUUUGAUUCUAUUUCUUUCCUUUUUGAUAUAGUUUUAUUGUUUGACAACAUCCAAAGCAUGUUUUCUGAUGUUCAUCCUACUUCAGUACCUAAUAAUUAAAAUAUAACUGCUGAGCAAUAACAAAAUCAGUUACAGCUGACAUCUUAAGAAAUCCUUUCAUCUGCAUCAGUCAGCAGAAUGCUUAAAGAACAAAAUUCAUGGAGCAGAGGUUCUCUCAUUUGCAGUAUUCUCUAACAACCUAUUAUAUAUAAGGAUUAUUAACAGUAUUCUUACGUAAUAAAAAUCUUUAAAGAAGUAUAGAUGAUAUGUUUUAAGAUAGAAGAACAUUAGCUUGGAUCUGUUAUUUGUUUUAGCUUAAUAUAGAUAAUUAUAUUUUCCUUCAUUGUUUUCAGCAAGUCUGGAUGUGUUGUUAUGAGGCAAUAGCACAGUCACUGGAAUGAUUCAUGAUUAAAAAUCAAUUGUGCUAGUCUCCUGAACGGAGUAAAUGUAUACUAAUAUCUUCUGAAAAUUAUCUUUCAUUUAAACAUUUACAGUCAAAUCAUUUAUUUAUUUUUGUUAUCAGAUAUGCUUACUGUGUUUUUUUUCCAGUUUUUAAGGAUUAUACAUUUUCUCAAAUGCCACUGAAAAAAUGUAUAAUCCUUAGUUGUUUCUUAACUCUAGAUUGCUAACAAAGAGGAAAACAUUAUGUUGUUAUGCAUCAUACAUAUUUCAAUGCAACACAUUUAUUCGAAUACUUUACAUAUCAGGACAUAGAACAUUUGCUUUUUUUUGGAGGGGGGACUUGCCAAUGUUGUGUAAUGAUGUUAGGAAUAAUUAUUUGCACAUGCAUUAAAAAAUAUUGCAUUAUUUGGGAGGGGUGAAAGUCACACAGUGUCAUCAAUUGAGCUUGGAGAUUUUACAGAGGUUUAGUGAUCUAGGGUUUGAACAUAUCUUCUGAGAAAUUCAGAUGUCAAGAUUUCUGUGCUUAAACAGAAGUUUUAAACAUUGUUCAUCGUAUAAAUUCAUUUCUUUUUCUGGUAUUAAAUCUCUGUGAUCAGAAAAUUCAUAAAUUAUAUGUUGAUAUAUGCUUGUAUACUUUGUAAUAUUCAAAUAACAAAUUCAGCAAAGUCAUCCUCAAAUAUAUUCCCAUGCCUACGAUUGCCUGAUGAGAGCCAAAUAGCUUGAAAUCCAGUUUUUUUGUAGCUGUAUUGAUUUUUUUUAAUGUUUUUACCAUGCUUCCUAUAACUCUGUUAAAAUACAUUUUGUUUUUAUGAUGAUGUGUAUCAGUUUCCUGUGAAAAUUUGUUUGUAUAUUUUGUGUUGACUGCUUUUAUAAUGGGGCAUUAAACAGCUUGUUACAUUAAAUGUGCAAUAAAAAAUUAAAUAAAGGAAAA